CUCCUCGUAGGUCUUCUCUCGAAUCAUCUAUUUUCCCUUUUCCGUGAAUCCUUUGUGUCUUAUCACUGGGGACUUACAGCAUGCCAGAAUCAACUCAUCCCGCCACCACCUUAGUGGAAGGCGCAUCCGUCGAGAGUCACGAGCAGCCCUCGAAACCGUUUUUCACACCGCCCACCUACACCAUGAAGGAAAUCCACGACGCCAUCCCACCUCACUGUUUCCAACGAAACACGCUCCUCUCAUUCUUCUACAUCCUCCGAGACUUCCUCUUCAUCGGCAUACUCUUCGGCCUUGCCACGCAGAUUCCGUUCCUGCCGACCCAUCCUCUCCGCGUCAGCGCAUGGGUAGCAUAUUCAAUAAUCCAAGGCCUCCUCUUCACAGGCGUCUGGGAAUUGGCCCACGAGUGCGGGCACGGCGCCCUCUCACCCUCCAAAGCAUUCAACAACACCGCGGGGCUUUUCAUCCACUCGCUGCUGCUGGUCCCCUACCACUCAUGGCGCUUCACGCACUCCACGCACCACAAAUCCACAAAUAACAUCGAGCGGGACGUGGCCUUCGUCCCUGACACGAAAGACGUCUGGCUUGCUGCCCGCGAGGCCCGCGCCCCAGAAUUCCUGUUUACGUACUGGGAUCUGAUCGAAGACAUGCCUUUGGUCAACCUCCUGAUCCUCAUUGGACACCAACUUAUCGCCUGGCCGCUCUACCUCAUCCUGAACAACUUCGCGCUGCCGCGGAUGCGCGCGGUCGAGUGGUGGAAGAGGAGCCACUUCUAUUUCGGUGGCGAUGGACCGAACUUCAAGCCGGAGAACAGGGAUGAUAUCAUUCUGAGCGAUCUUGGCGUCGGGCUCGUGGGUGCUGUGUUGUGGGCCGCGUGCCGUUAUUUCGGGGCGAGCAAUGUCUUCUUAUUCUAUGGUGCGCCGUGGCUGUGGACUAACCACUGGAUAUUAACAAUCACCUUCCUCCAACACACCGACCCGACACUCCCCUACUACCCCACCAAAUCCUGGACCUUCCUGCGCGGCGCAGCAUCAGCCGUCGACCGGGACUUCGGGUUCAUCGGGCACGUGCUCUUCCACGGCGUGAUCGAGUACCACGUGCUGCACCACCACGCGUCACGCAUCCCCUUCUACCACGCGCGCGAAGCUUCCCAAGCGAUCAAGAGAGUAAUGGGCAGCCAUUAUAAAAGUGAUACCGAAACGCCGUUUCUGUGGGCGUUUUGGAAGAAUUAUAAUAGGUGUAGGUAUGUGGAGGAGAAGGAUGUGGGGAGUGAGGUGUAUUUCUUUGCGGAGAAGGUGGAGAAGACGAGAUGAGUGGGUGGGUGAAUAAAUGUCUAUGCUUGCUUAGAAAGCGAGGAGUUGGCAAUUAGAUGGUGUGGGGAUUUGUUGCAGCAAAUAGGUCCGGCAUUUUGAGCGGUGAGGGAUAGAGGCGUAAGUCAUUGCAUUGUCUUUGGACGGGUGGUAAGAUAUCUUUGUAAUGAAUCAUGGAUGUAAUCUAAGAUCACAGAACCGGUGAUGCAAAAC